CAGUCCCGUAAUACCAGUUAAUAGCAAUAUGAAUAAUAGAAGACAAUGAAAAUGCAAGGAAUAAGAUGACCGUGUCUUUACAAACAGACCAUGUGAAUCUGCUUGUAGAUAGGGCUAAGAACUUACAGAUAGGGAAGCAACAGAAGAAACUCUUAGUUCUAGAAAAUGUUACUAUCAACACAGACUAUUGCUCAGCCAAGGCUGUGUUAAAUUCCUGAUUCUAGAGAAAAAGAACAAAGACUUAACAGAAUUAUUAAUAGGUUUUUCUUUCUUAUAUAUAACAAAAGGGGGUCCAUACUCGAGGGGAGCAUAGAGGAGGCGAUUUGGGAAGUCUGUGCCUUCCAAGCACCUCAGCCAAUGGGUAAAAAGAAGAGGGAGAUGCAGACAGGAACUUAGGACAAAAAAGGGGGCUGCGUCCUCCAACAAUUUGAGAGAUCCCAUGGGAAAUGCUCAUGGCCUUUAUUCGAAUAAAGUUACAGGAUUCCUCUGUCUUCUUUUUGGACAUAAACCUCUGGCAUCGUGGAUUAAUUUUCCUGACACUUGGGAGACAAACUGAUUUAUUUCAGAGUAGCACAAACCUGAGUGCUUCAAGGUUUACCCAAAGUUUUUACUAUUUAUACAAUGUAGCAAACUAAGGAAUUAGUGUUCAUUGGCUUUAAGUGACAUUGUUCCCUUAUUAAUUAAGUCUUCCAUCUUCUAUUAGUUAACGAUUGCCUGUCUUCUCAUGCUAAUCAGUCAACAUGCUCAGUCCUUCUCUUCUUUUGGGUCGGUGGUUUUCUUGGAUCCAUGGCCAUGAGUUGGCGGUCACAGUCUGCCCCUGCCAUAAAUUACUUUUUACCCAGUCGAGCUGAGUUUGCUUUAUCAGUUUCUUCCUUAUCUUGGAGGUUCUGCUGGAUGUCUUUGUGUCCAUUAUCAGUAGUCCAUUCUUCUCGUUUGGCAUUAUGAACCUCUCCCUAGAUCUGAGAUUACUGAAGCAUAUCACGCCUUAACCUUAACAAGGCAAUUCUACCGACAAGUCGUUUGUAUUUCUAACACCUGGCCAUCACUUAGCGCUCGCCUGUCACCCGCGACCUGUCUCACGGAUUAAUGUCUUUCUCGUUGAUUAGGCCGGAUAUCCAGCAAAGCCCGUCCUUUUUUGAGAACAUUUUUACACAGCUCACGUUUUGCACCGCUGGCCGCCGGGAGGCCUUAGCGGCCCGGCCGCGGCCAUGACGGGCCCUGCGGCCGAGGAGCGGCGGCGCCUGCGCAGCGCUGCGGGCGGGGGAAGGCGCCGAGCCCCGGCCAUGGCGCGGCGCGUCCUGAGGGGGCUGCUGCUGCUGGAGGCGGCGGGGCUGCUCGGCGCCCUCCUGCUUUUCCGCGCCAUGGACCGCAGCCAAGAUUUCAGAUACACAAUGCAGAAGAGGUUUCCAUCAAUUCUGGAAGUUUAUUACAAAUCCAAUGAGCGGUCUGGAAUUCAUGGCAUAAGAGAGAAUGACCAGAUGACAUGGUUAAGCAGCAAGAACUGAACCCUCUGUGCCUGAACUGUUUCUUCUUUUUGAUGAUGCUUUUCACAUCCCUGUUGUGAAGCCACUUGUCACGCUCUAUUUCCCACUGGAUCUGUUUGACAUCUGUAGGAGGAAAAGUGAGAAAUAAGGAGCCGAUGGAUACGUCUGACCAUGAAGUGGCAUACAGAUCAAUCAUGUAAAAGUUAAAACUUGAAUACUGUAUUUAUAAAUGUUAAUAAAAUGCAAACUGCCUUUUUUUUU